ACCACUACUUUAGUUCAGGCCUCGUUUCAGAGGCCUGGUAUAAGGCCUUAUGUUUCAGGCCCUCUUCUUACUCCAAAGGGUAUGAAUGAAUUGAUGAUGUGAAGUGCAAGCAAGUAGGAGAGGGUGUAUCUCUCUACUGCUUAGAUAACUGGGGGUUGUUGGAUUUUGGUGAAAUGAUAGGAAGUGACAGUCAAAAACCCAAGAUCAGGAGCACAGAAAGUUGAACAAUGAUGAAUAAAAGAGACACUGGCUUUUGUUAGAACCUAAACCAAAGCCCCAGACUCAAACCUGGAAGGUGCAGGUGAGGAUGGUUCAGAAAACAGGCCAAGAUCUGAAAUUCACAGCUGUUUUCUAGCUCAAUGAGUCCCCAACUCCAAACACCCUUUAAACAUUGGGAGAUUCCAGAUCUCAAUUUGAAUUUGGCAACAGUGACCCAUUUCUACUCUUACUCUAGGUUUGGGAGCUAACAUUUAAUUAAAUGUUGUAUCAAGUCAUGAAACAGCCACCUGACUUUUUUCUGCCUCGAUUCUGACUUGCGACUGCUGUUCUUGGUGGAUGAGAGUAUGGAAAGAAAUGAACCAAUAACUCUAAGGGUUUUCCUCCUGACUACUGUUACUAGAGACCCUGAAAUUGUCCCUGAAUCCUGGAGCACAGUGGUGUUCCUGGGGACUGGUUGCUACACCUCUUAGUACAAAGGUAAGUGAUUUUGUACAAGUGUGGAUUAAGAGUCAGGUGGCUCAAAAUGAGCGAUGGGGGUGGGAAGAAGGGAAGUCCUUGAAAUAGACUCUGCAAACACAACGUGUACUCUUUGGAAGAGAAGCACUUUGCAGAGGGAAGUCAAAGUGUGCACUCCAGAUUUUAAAGAGAUGCACUUCUUGAGCUUUCUUCUUACCUUUGUCAUGGCAAUGACCCUGUCCAGUGCCCAGUGUUUUUAUGAACCCAUCCCAGACAAGCAAGUAUCCAACGAAAAAGGCUGCUUUAGGGAUGGAGAGAUGCAUGACUUUGGUGUCUACUGGUACACCAAGGAUUGCUUACGCUGUUAUUGCACCCGAGAAGUAGUGUCCUGUUGCAACAUAACUCUCACCCCUGUUGGCUAUGACCAAGAGAAAUGCGAGUCUGUUUUCGACGUGGAAUCCUGCAGUUACCAGAAGUUCCUGCUGUUCCUCUUCCUCGUCCUUCUCACCUUUGGGUCCCUGUGCACUGCCCAGUGUUACAUGAGAACCCCAAACAAAUACGGCUGUGUUGAAAACAGAAAGCUGUAUCACUUCGGUGUAGUGUGGAAGACCAAGGAUUGUUUCAGAUGUGAAUGUCAGCCACGAGCAAUGAUCUGCUGCAGCCUCGUUUUCAGACCCACCAACUACGACCGAGAGAACUGCAUUGCCAUGUUCCAUAAGAAGAGCUGUUCUAUGCGCGUGGUGUGGAAGAGCGAUCCUCAGGAACCCUGCAAUGUCUUUGCUGGAGUUGGUUAAGACUGCUUUGAAGUGGUCUUCUCAUUCAGCAGCUCUCUUGCAAGUUGAGCAGACCCAGCACCACUCCCUUAGAGAAAAGCAGCGAAUCAGUGUGGUUUCAGGAAUAACAAGCUUGUGUCCCCCUUUUCACACAUGCUCUCCUGUGACUUCUCUUGUUACGUACAGGUUUGUGACUGAGAUUUAAUCAAAGAUCAUUUAUGGUAACAUCAUCUCUGAUGAAAUUGGGGGUUAAAUAAAGACACAAACAUCAAGCUC